AUGCGGAAAUCUGACAGAACAUCAGUCCUGAUGUAUCGCCGAGUGCAAUCUCAGCCUGGUAUGGUAGCCAGAUAUAGACCACUUGUAGCCAAUGUGAACAACAGUAAAAAACGCUUUUCUGAUACGUCUUGUGAUACUCGAUUAAACUCAGUGCCACUAAAAGGCAAAAUUUUUUCACGUCAGGUUAGUCAACGUGGCACAGACCAGCCAUCUCAAAAUUUGUCUGUGGCAAAGAAGAGUGGUUCAUCAUCAGUACACACAAAACCCGGGCCUUUCGAUUGGGCACAUUAUCUUAGAGAAAUUGAUGCAGAUCCUGUUCAGUCUUCUCUCUUUUUUCAUGUUCCAUUUGAAGUUCAGGUCCCAUCACCAUCAAUUCUUCCUGGACAAAAUGUAGCCCCUGAGGGAAAUUUCAAGCCUGGUCAGUAUUUAGAGGGUAUUGAUCCUCAUAAUGAAAGCUUAAUUUGUGUUCUCUGCGUUUCUGAAUUGAUAGGACGGCGUGUCAAGCUUCAUUUUGCUAGUUACCCGGAGAAGUAUGACUUCUGGACGACAAUAGACUCUCCUUUUUUGUUUCCUGUUGGAUGGUGUGCACAUAACAACCGUCAACUUCAACCCCCCAAGGAAUAUCUCGAAGAAUCUUAUCAUCCAUUUAAUUGGACAAGCUUUUUGGCUAAACUAGGAGCCAAACCAGUUCCUCGCCAUUCGUUUAAAGUACCAUGGGAUUCUCCUGUUGAUGCAUCUCCACCGCAUAUGUUUGCUGUUGGACUUAAACUUGAGGCUAUAGAUAAACGGAAUCCCUCUUUGGCUUGCGUUGCCACUAUAAAAGACUGUAUCGGUGAUUACAUAUUGAUUCAUUUUGAUGGUUGGGACUCAGGGUUUGAUCAGUGGGCUCACAUAUCAUCUGAGCUUUUACAUCCUGUUGGGUAUUGCGAGGAUCAUGAACAAGUUUUAUCAAUCCCCAGUGAUUGGAGCAACCGUCGUAAUGGCUUUAGUUGGAAACUUUACCUGAAAGAGACAAAUUCAAAGCCUGUACCUAAAGAAGCAUUUGAUGAGAUAACCAAAUUCGCUAAAUCAUCCCAACAGUUUCUAAUAAACCAACGUCUAGAGGCUGUGGAUAAACGGUGCCCUUCAUUGGUUCGCGUUGCCAAUGUUGUAGAUAACACCCCUCCUGGAUUUCUGACCCUAGGAUAUGAUGGUUGGCCUGAUAAAUACAACAUACGUAUAGAGGUGUCGUCCCUUGAUUUAUUUCCUGUUGGUUAUUGUCAUGCUUCUGGACAUCCUCUACAAGUCCCACCGGGAUAUGAUUCUGAAUUGGAUUUAAAUGGAAAUUUAAUGGAUUCUUAUUCUAAUUCUUCUGCCAGUUCACUCAGCUGUAGUGGGACUGCCAACCCAUUUGGUGGGUGCCCAACUCCCGGUUGCAAAGGUUACGGGCAUAUCAAAGGACCUCGUUAUUUUUCCCAUCAGCGCAUUUCGGGAUGCCCAUAUGCUGAUAGUAAUCUUAAGAAAGAUGCUAUUAGAGCACAUGAACGUCUAAGUUCAACUAAUAUAUUAACGUCCAGUUCUCCUUUUUCUGUUGAUUCAGAAAACCCCGAUUCUAGUGCUACAAUGGCCUCGGUUUCUGCUUACAAUCCUCCUAAUCGUAACUCAGGUCAACGUCUUUCUCCGGAUUCUACUGUCAAAAGUGAAUUCUCUUCAAAUAACACACCCACUGUUGUUACAUCUUAUUCUCUCAUAGCAUGUCCAUAUUUAGAUACCAAAGUUCCAGACUCUGUAUCAGCAAUCCCUAUUGGUGCCGUGCCUCAAUGUGAAAACUCAAAUUUAUCUUCUGAAAUCGCAGCCAAUGUAAUAGUCUUAUCAAAUGAAUCCUCUAUUAAUGUUGCGUCUUCAAGCACAAAACCAAACAUGAAUUCUAAUGACUCAGUUAGACCACAGAAAUUAAGCAAAUUAGAACCUAACCCGGACAGCGUGUCUCCUUCCAACCUUCUGUCUCAUACUGCUGACCAAUCUGAUGAAUAUACAAAGAAUCUUGGCAUAUCCCCUAUACCUAUUAAACGUAAACGAGGUCGGCCUAGGAAAUACACUUCUGUACAUGUUCUCCAUCCAUCCUUACAACAGUCACGUCCUGUUCAUUUCACUUCCUUGACAUCUCUACCACAAUCAUAUACUACGUCUACUGGACGACACUCAUAUCCAGCUAGUGUAUCAACUCAACAUCAUACUCUUUCAUCUGCUGCAGUUCCGAUUUCUUCGUUAUCGAUUACAUCUACAUUGUCACUUUGUAGCAGUAUGAAUGUAACUACCAGUUCUCAUCCACCAACGGAUUGUCAAAGUGAUAGUUACCUCCCCCAUAAUAUGGAAUCUAAUAACCUCAAAAACAUCGAUGUACUUAAGUCUGUCACAUGCAGUUCAGAACCAAGUCCCGCUGACAGUGUUUUAACUAAUGCUUGCAUCAAUACUAACAUGGGUUACAUGGAUGUAGACCGCUUAAGAUCAUCUUCUAGUUAUGAAAUUCCUGGGCAGCACACUUCUACCUUAGCUGCAAUAAAUGAUCCGACUACGGGCUAUCCUAUACAUGCCAGGUUGACUCAAGAAAUCACUCCUGUUGACCUGUGUUCUAAUCGCACUCAGCACCUAACGGUUAUGAAUACCUCAGGUAUGAUCAUCAACGCUAGUAACAGUCUUCCUCCUCAAUCUUUGAUCGAGACACCAAAUACUGGAUGGUAUCCUGAUGUGACUAACGGGUCAUUCAUGCCUCCUAUAUGUCCUAAUCCUAUCUUAUCUUCUCCAUUCUAUAUUGAUACAGCAAGGUCAUCAUGUCUAUUACCAUCUUUUGAUCUAUCCUCUUCAAGUUAUAUAAAUGCUACCGUCAGUAGCUUGAAUAAUCCCUCGUUGAGGGACUUUGAUUUAAUGGGUCGUUUAUUACCACAGGCAGGGGCGGCUAUCCGUGCAGCCAAAGUUGCUGGCCUUCCUGGACCUCAUUCAUGGAGUCCAAAUGUUGUAGCUAAUUUUAUUUCUACACUGCCAGGAUGCAAGCAAUUCUCUUGUAAAUUCAUUGAAAAUGAAAUAGAUGGAGCUGCUUUAUUGUGCCUUGAACAACACGAUCUGAUGCAUGUAUUAGGUAUGAAACUGGGUCCUGCUGUAAAAGUAUCUACUGCUAUUCAAGCUUUACGUAAAAGCCUACUUGCAACGCCAAUUUCAGAACUUGGUCCAGAGCAUGCAAAUGCUGUCGCCGCAGCUGUAUCAUGUUUUACUAACAGUUUGUCGUCACAGGUUGGUAUCGGUUCAUCUGUUACUAGUGAUUCGCAAUCUGUAGUGAACGGUUCCAGUGUAGACACUUCAUCAUCUAAUACCGGGUGA